AUAUGUAUGUGUAUAUGUAUGUAUGUAUAUUUUAUUUUUUUUCAAUAACUGUUUUCUGAGAUAUUGCCACAUGCGUGCGUGCAUGUAAAUAGUUUAACUAAGGGGAGGCAUAAGCAAACGAAUCAACUCAAACUCUUAUAUUAAAUGGAGGCAAUAGCGGUCGCUUGCCCGCCCCUCCUAGCCGUUGCAGUGAAAAACGAGGCGAACAUCAAAAUAUCCAGCUUUCUGGCACCAAUAAAAGCUAAAAGAGUAAAGCUUUAUUCAAACUUGCAACAUUGAAGCGUAUAAAAAAUCUUGAAAUGUAGACAAAAAUCAACAAUCAAGUGUAAGAGGAGAAAAGAAAAAAAGAAAGCAAAUAAAAAUGGCUCAAUUUGUUACACAUAUACAACCAACCUUGCUGGAAGCCUCCCAAGGCCAUGUUCCACAUCAUCAUGGCCAUCAAGUCGGUCUCCAGUAUUCGUCCCAUUUACCACAUAGUGGCCAUAAUAUGCCUUCACCGCCAACCGCUCACAAUCAUCAUCCGCAGCAAUUAUCGCAUCAUAGUCCACCGUCACAAAUUGCCUCACCACCGGCAGUUAGCUCUGGACAUCAUCAUCAACAUCAACAUCAACAUCAACAUCAACAUCAGCAUCAACAUCAACAUCAUCAUCAUCAUCAUGGACACCAUAGUAAACAUUCUAGCGGAACAGGAGGAAAACAUGAGCAUUGUCCUACGGGACAUCAGAGUUCGGUAAUUGAAACACACAUUAAUGAAUCAUUUCUUUAA